AUGACUUCGCUAGUUUGCCUUUAUAUUUUACUUCAAAUAGGACUAACAUUUUACCACAAACAUCGAGUUCCUUCAUUCCAUUUUGGCUUUCUAGUGCUAUGUUGUAUAUGGAUGAUUUUGAGGACCGUUUAUUACUUUUCUGUCAUUGAUAAUUGUGGCGUGUUCUUUUUGUACUAUUUACCAAUUUGUGUGGAAUUUGCAGUGUUCACAUUGCUGGGAGUAUUUUUCUUCAAACUACUGAAUUACGGAGGAAAAUGGGAAAAAUCCUUAUUGCAGACAGUAGAUGAACCGUUACAGGCCCACACUCCAACUCCAUCAUCUCCUUCUCCAGCUACAGGAAUUUUAUCAGGCUCUGGCGUGCAAAACUAUGCUCCUUCCAAUCGACGACGAUCUUACCGACCACCCUCUUCUACUUUUAGUGAUAACUAUGGAGCUGUUUCCAAUGGAGCAAUUGGAUCUCUCAACAAUGACGAUCAAGACGACGAUACGAAAACAGAUACUUCGUUUGUAAGCCAAAAUAUUGAAGAUGCUUAUGAAGAACAAUCGAAAAUUUCAUAUUACCAUGCCCAAACCAAUAAUUUUUAUAACAGAUUCAUCAAAUUUUUAUGCACUAGAAAGGUUUUGUACAUGAUCUUGUGGGUUUUGACAAACUUGGGAUUUUUUUCUAUUAUCUUUUCUUUUUCCAUAGCCUCAUGCACCACUGCAUUUGAUAGUGAACAAACAAAUUCAGUGAUUGGAUUGGCAAGCGCAUGUUCGUUUACUGUAUUAAUGGUAAUGCUGUUGGCAAUUGGACUCCGAAUGGUAUAUAUUUUUAGAAGACGAAAUGACAUACCUGUAAGCUUGAAGAGCAAUUUUUGA